AUGUCGUCGUCUAGCAUCAAGGUGGCGGUCCGCUGCCGCCCACUCUUUGGGCAGGAGCGUCCGGCCGGCGGCCUCGAUAUUCAGAACCGCCGCAUCUUGCUUGACUCCAAGACGUACGACCCGGACUUCACCUUCUCGCCCGCGUCGACGCAGGAGGAUGUCUUCCAGGCAUGCCGACCGAUCCUGCAAUGUGUGAAGGAGGGCAUGAACGGCACGAUUAUGGUCUACGGUCAGACCGGCACCGGCAAGACGUACACCAUGCUUGGCAGAGAGGGCGGCGAGCAUGGCCUGGUGCACAUGGUAGUGGCGAACAUGCUGGAGCAUGUCCAGCAGAAGACGGUGGAUGGAGCACAGUGCGCGCUGACGCUUUCCAUGAUCGAGAUCUACAACGAGCGUCUCACUGACAUGCUCAGCCCCAAUGGGGAGGAAGAGGUGACACUCAUCUCCGGCUUCCCACGCUUCACCCACAAGGCGACGCUGUGCCGAGUCAACGACACCAUCGAAACUAUCCAGCGUGGUCUGUCAUGGCGCCACACGGCGGCAACGCUGAUGAAUGAACGCAGCAGCCGCUCGCACGUCGUCUUCAUCUUCGACAUGGAGGAGUACAACGCCUUCACGGAGCAGACCGAUGUAGCGCAUCUAUUCAUGAUUGACCUGGCCGGGUCAGAGAGCUUGAAGAAGUCGCAGGCCUCUGGAGUGGCGGCUGGCGAAGCCGGCAAGAUCAACAAGUCGCUACUAGCCUUGAAGAGCGUCUUCCUCGCGCUGUCCAACACGAACGAGGCGACGCGACCCAACCACGUGCCGUACCGCGACUCGAAGCUGACAGAGCUGCUACAAGACUCCAUCGGCGGCACCGCUCGGACGCUCAUGAUCGCCUGCAUCUCGUCCGUUGGCCGUGACAUCGAGGAGACCAAGUCGACCCUACUCUACGCCGUUAAGGCUCGCAGCAUCCGCAAUGCCGCCAACACGGAGAAGGAGAAGUUGCUUGUCCGGCUGCGCUCGAUGGAGGUCGAGAACCAGAAGCUGCGCAACCGUCUGCAGGAACGGGUGAGCGAGCGGGGUGGGUACUACGUAUCGAAGGAGGAGCAUGAGCAGACGCAGGAGGUGGCGGAGUCGUACGACAAGCUCAAGGAGGCGGUGGAGCAGCUCAUGCAGGACCGCCAGAGCAGUGACGCGCGACAGCAUAUAUGGGAAUCUCAGGUAAAAGUGCUACAAGGGCUGUUGGUGGACAAGGAGGCGGAGCUGCAGAACUUCAAGGAGGUGUACCAUGAAGCUCUGAAGCGCUUCGAGUAUCAAGCAACCAUACUCCAACGAAUGGUGCGCGGCGGGGUCGCGGAGGCCAAGGACGUAGUAAAGUCCUCCUUCGCGGACAACUACGCGCGUCUCCACGCGUGGCGCACCGAACUGCUCAACGCGCUGGAGGAGCCCGUUCCCACCACUCUGCCGUCGCUGCCGCCUCCUCUCCCCCACGCCUGUUGUCCGCAGAGCGACGCCGCUGCUGGAACAGCAGUAGUGAAUGAGGAGUCGGUGCAAUAUCAGAAGGCAGACGAGAGCGCCUCCCGGUGCGCACUAAACGUCGUUGAGGCGACGACGCCAGAUCGGCGCAGCUGCACGCCGCCUCCCUCGCAGGCCCUCCUCAGUGGUGGAACGCAGUCGCUGUCACAGCCAACAGGUAGUCGUGGCGUCGCAGGCCUCGUCCCAAGUGGAUCCCCCUCGCGGACAGCCGUAGCAGCUGCUGCGGUCUCUCAACCCGGUCGGACCAUGGUUGCAACCGCUCCCUACUCUGCACGCUGUAGCACCGCGUUACCUCUCCAGCGCGGUAGCGCCACGUCGGGUGCACUGUCGGCAUCGGUGAGUCCGACACGCCGCGCCGGCCGUCCUCGGGGCGGCGGCGGCGGCGGCGGCAUCGCAACCAACAGCGGCCCUCGCCGCUGUUUCGCAGGCAACAAUAACGCCACUAGUGCUCUUCGAGGGAGCGGCGCUCCGCCGAUGACACUACCGCCCGCCACCGCUAUCACUGAAGUGCUGACACAGGAUGGUAGCGAGGAAUACCGCGUCUCGACGAUGACCACCAACGUGGUGGCCGCGCCAGCGCCACUGCCCGUAUCGCGAACCACGAGCACCUCCAUGGCGCCGCCGGCGUGGUCCACCGUGAUAGCGCAGUACGACAAGCAGUGCCUCCGCAUUGUGCACCGGCUGAACGAGGCGGUGGAGGCAAUGCUUAGUGAGUGCCUGCAGUCCUUAGCCGACUACAAGGAGCACGCGGAGCAGGUGGAGCUCAAGCGGCGACGCGGUGUCGAAGAAAUCUGUCAGCGUCUACGCAGUGAACUAGACUCAAGCCUGAGACGACUGCAACGAGUGGAGGACGUAGCGCUCGGCGACGUGCAGGAGGCACGUGAACACUUUGGCGAUCGACUCCGGCUGAAGGCCAAAAUGCCGUUCUUGGCGGACGCGGCGCCGUUCCAGUUGGCGGUACGUGACGCGUGUGCAGAAGUCGUACGACAUGCCACCCACGUCUUUCCCCACCCGAGCACCCCCGCCGAUGCCGAGGCAGCGUUAGACGUUAUUGUGCGCAAUGUGCUGCGCUGCAGUACUGCCUUCACCCUUCAGUCCUUGGACCCACUGUCGUCGAGCGCCGUCAACGCCCACGCUACCUCGGUCGCGGCGUGUGGCGGUAGUAGCAGCAGUCCACAGCUGGCUGGCCUCGUACCAAUGCCACCCCUGACGUCCCCUCUCGUGUACGAGUCACCAGCAGCGGCGUCUUUCUGCUCCCUGACAGGCUCGCUUGGUAAGGAAGAGGUGCUAGACUGCGGCCCUGCGAGUGUUCACCUCUUGCAGGGGUCUCGAGGGACGACGCCCGUAUCCUCGUCACAGCAACAGCAACAGAGUACGCGGCCGUCGUCGCUGCGCGGCAGUGCGACACUCACAGCGAUGCCGGUGAACCGCAACCGCGGCGGUGAUGGCCGUCGUGGUGGCGGUGGUAGCAACCUACUGAGGCCUCACAAGCGAACACGCAGUACUGCCACCUCUUCGAGAUCUUCUGGGAGAGGAGUGCCGCGCGACAGCAACGCGUCAAUCCGGUCUCUGAGAAACAUAGACAGAGAUACGGACGCGCGCAGUCGAGAGGGCAGGCUUUAG